CUUGGAGUUCCCAAUGAGAGCGUUAUAUAAUUAUUUCUUCAACACUCCAUUCGAAAUUUCCAAGUUGCGUCUGAAGUCUUGGGAUCUCUUCGUCUUUCAUCUGGGUAUGUUUACGUAUGCAUUUGGCUUCUAGAGUUUCAAUCUUCCCAGCAAAGGCGUUUCCCGAUUUAGGGUUCUUUCCCAGUUUUCUUCAGGAAAUAUUUAGGUCCUUUCCGUACCUUCUUUCUGAAAAUAUGGACAAAGUCUCAACUCCACCAGGAUUUGUGUCACAAACAUCCUUUGUAUUGAAGCAAGUAUCCCGUCGAGAAGGAAGAUCCAACCUCUCUCGAUCGGGACGACGAGCUGAUAAGGAAAGCUUCGAGAGUUGCCUUUGGAGCCGACCGUGGAUACUGCAUGAUCAGGCAACUCACAGCUCAGAGCCACCAAAACACGAGGUUCCUUUUGUAUAUGAUUUUAAGGACAUUCAACAUGCUCCCAAGAUCACAACGAAAUGUUAUCCAUUUCAGAUCAUUCGGUCUCUAAAAAAAGUUUUAACAGACGAUGAAUUGAUAUAUUUCAACAAAAAGUCUCAGUUUCGUCACAUUUUCCAUAUGAGAUGUGAAGACACAUUGAAGAUGGCUCCGGUAUCUGUUCUCUUACACCGCGCAUUAAGGUUAGAAUGUGAAGAAAAAGAGUUAUGGUUUAUUCUGAACGGUGUGCCCAUCAGAUAUUCGAUUACUGAACAUGCCAUUAUCUCUGGCCUAAAUUGUGAUAAGUAUCCCGAAGAUUGGGCUGGAUGUAGAGGGAAUCAGUUUCGGCUAAAAACAUUUGGAACUUCGAAGGUGACCAUAUCUGGCGCAGUAGAGAAGCUGUACAACACUCCACACACAAAUGUAGAGCGCAGAAAAAGAUUAGCAACACUUAUUUUGCUAGGUGGAGUAAUAGACCGUGGUAUCAAGAGCAAUGAUGUGAUAAAAAAUGACUUAGUUGAUAUGGUCGAUCGUCUGGACUUUUGCGAAGGGUUUCCUUGGGGAAGAUACACUUUCGAAAAAAUAAUUGAUCAAAUACGGAAGGUGUAUGCAAGCGGUCCUAAACCAAAAGAUAAAUGGCAUUGUCCAGGAUUUGUAAUACCUCUUAUGUUGUUUCCUUUUGAAUGCGUCGAAAGGUUAGGUGCAAGCCAAUGGUAUAUAGAUGUGGAUGGUGUCGAUCCAACAUGUCCUAGGAUGUGCAAGAAACGCAUCAAACCGAAUCUUUUUAUCACACAUGCAAACGUGAUGAAACAGAUCGGUGUGACUUCACAGGGUAUUCGAAGUAUUCUUCAAAUAGAGGGGGAAGAAGAACAUAUUUUUUUCAAUCUACAUGAAAAACAAAGUAGUCAUCCGGUGAUACAAAGUUGGAUGCAACAUUUGAAGAUGAAUCCGACAAGUAUUUGUUUCGAGAAUAUUCGUGAGCUCGAUGUCGAUGGUAGAGCUUUCGUGAAAAGUGCAGAGAGGAAGAAAAAAGAAAAGGGAAAGAAACGAGAAGAAGAAGAAAAAGAAGAAAGAAUAGAGGGGGAAGAAGAGAAAGGAAAAGAAAAAGGAAAAAAAGUAUUUUUUGAAAGGAUAUUGAAAAAGACAAUAGAUGCCUCUGAAAAAAGGAUAAUUGCAAACGUCGAAAGAAUUCUGAAGAGGGCAGGAGUCACAGUCGAAGCAUUGGAAUGGUCUGAGAUAAGGAGCAACAAAGAGGAUGAUAUUUCAACAGGCCUUUUCGCACCUAUGAGGAAGAUGAAGAAGAAAAAGGGAGGCAAGGAGCAUGUUCGUGUGAUAGAGGUAGGAGGGAGCACAGGGACGACGAGUGCAGGGAAUUAAUGCGGCACAUGCGAGGUUCCUUUUUCCGUUAUAUUAGUGUCGGUUAUAUAAUUACCUUUUGGCAUGUAAGGUUUGUUGUUUCCACCUCAACAUGUGUGUGUUGAGAAACCUAUUUAUCUUUCUUUUGUUGAUUUUGGGAGAUUAUCUGAGAUUUGAGAAAAACUUGAGGAAAAGGGGAGAAUGGAGCCUUUUAAAAUUCAAGCUUUCAAAGUUGUAUUUCGAUUUUGUGUGGAAUACAAUAUGUAGUUUCGGUUACAAGGUUCCAUUACAUUGGUAUUAGAGCAAUAACGAUCCAGUUAUGUUGCGA